UUUUCUAGUUUACCUUUUUUUAAAAAUGGAUAAAAAGCCUUUUUCCAUUCGACGACAUUCCUUACUUAUGCCGAGAGACGAACAAUCCGAACAUCGUUAUGGCCCAAAAAAUGGAGGUUUCGCAUUUUUUGCAUCCUCCUCUUCUUCCUCUAACUCAUUUGGGUCAACUUCCAAUGGGGGAAUUAUUAACGGAAAUAAACAACAAAAUAAUGAGGGAGGGCCGUUAAACAGCCUACGCCGUUCUCUUAGACAAAUUAAUCCGUUCAAAAGCCGCCUCUUUCGACUGCCAGCAACGCCUAGGCUUAGUCGGUCUAAAAAAGUUUUGGGGAGAGGAGAGGAUUUUACUAAUUGGAACUUUGAAAGGCCUAGCGAGGAAGAUAAUAAUUCUGCCAAUAAUUCUUUUAGCGAUAAACAAGGGAAUUUUAAGGACCAGUCAAAAAUUAAAUGGAAAACACAAGUUGAGACCAACAAAACUAAGCGGGAUAUUGACCAAUAUUCUCAAAUUAACCCUGGCGAAAACAAUGACUUGGACGAAUUUCUAUCAAUAAUGGCUAAAAUUACCAACAAAAAUCAGAUUGGGGGAAGCUGUCGAUUACCUUUAACAACUGAUUCCUCUAUACAAAAUUCUCAAUUAUUGGAGAAAAAUGUAGAGAAAUCACUCAAGAUGAAAGGAGAUACAGUAAUAGGGAUUGAUAAUAAAUUUAGUGAAUUUUACAAUCAAAGCCAAAAGCAAUCGAAAAAUGGAAAAACUAAUAAAAUACGAAGCAAGAUUCCGUCAUUUCAUGAUCCCUUGAUCACCAAAAGUAAUAACGUUGAAUUGCCUAAUCCUCCUAUUAAUAAUAUUAAUCACUGCUAUAAUCAUAAAGAAAGUAAUAUUAAAAAUGCAAAUCCUCAACAAAACUUAAAUUGUUAUAAUAUGUUGCCUAGCACACGCUAUGCACCCGAUGGGGAAAUAUACGCCGCUUGUUGGCGUAACAAUCAUUAUCAACAACCCAACAAUUUUCUACACAAUCCUGGCCAACCACCACCUUCAAUUCCUCCAAUUCCCCAAACUCAAUAUCGCUGCCAGAGGCCUCAAAACCUUCCACUAAUCUCCCCGCAAAUAAAUCCGGAAAAAGAAGACAAUUUCCAAUUAGUGCCUAAAUCCCCUAGCCAUUCAGCAAUAACAUUGUUAAAUAUUAAUGGUUGUAAUAAUGUACAGCAACAACAAAUUCGUUAUGCUACUCCAUAUGUAGUUAACCAUAAUUAUAAUUUUCCUGUGACUCAAAUACAAACACAGAAUGCUUCAUCCUCCAAUGCUAACAUUGUUCGUUUUCCUCGAACUCAACUUUUGCAGCGUCGCCGUUCAGCCGCCGCCAAUUCUCCCUCAGAAACUGCCCCACCUUUAGAAAGACAUCAAAGACCCCAAAGAUCUAGAAGUAAUCGAGAAAAAAGUGCCGAUUGUGAAUUUGAAAAGGACGAGAGAUUUAAACAAUGGAAUGCUUGUUAUUAUGGAAGGGAUAUUGUGAAAUUAAUGGAAAGGCAUAUUAAACGACAAGUUGAAAUUGAGAAUAGAAGUAGAAUGAAGCUGAAUAAGGAGAUGAGGGAGGAGGGGAAGGAUGAAAAUUUAAGGGAGGAGAACAACUUCCCCAAAGAGAACAACUUCCCCAAAGAGAACAACUUCCCCAAAGAGAACAACCUCCCCCUAUUUGACCAGCCUCCUCCCCUAAUUUUUAAUUUUGAACAAGAAUUAUUUUUCUCAACCUUGAGCAUUGAAAACGACAAAAAUCAAAAUAAAUUUGUUGGAAGGAAGUGGAUAUUUAAUAAAUUGGAAGAAAUUUUGAAGGAAGAAAAAGUCAAAGUUGUACUGCUAGUGGGAGCUUCAGGGACUGGAAAGAGUGCAAUAAUUCGUUAUUUAAUAGAAAAUUCAUAUUUUGGGAGGAAAGGAAGGAAAACUUCAAGUUCACCUCAACUAGAACAAGAAUCACAGCAAGAACAACAAAACAACACUGUCGAUUCCGGAAUAGUGGUUGUAUCGGCUAUAAGUACAAACCCUUCACCUUUAGGCUCUCAAACAUCUUUGAAUGAGGAGGAUUUCAAUAAUUCUGAUUUUAAAAAUUCUGAUUUUAAUAAUUCUGAUAAUUCUGAUUUUUAUUUUCUUGGUCAGAAUAUUUGUGCCUUUCAUUUUGCUCACCUACACGAUUCUAAAAGGCAAAUAAAUUUGAUUUCAAAUUAA